AUGACAACUAAUGGAUAUCAAAUAAUAACUUGGUUAAAAGCAUUUAAAACUAUUUGGUUACCAGAAAAUAUUCCCGGCGAUGUUCAAUUACGUAAUUCAGUAGUAACUAAAAUUCUUGAACUUGAAGAGUUAAUAUUUGAAAAUACUGAAGAUGAAGAAGAAUAUCAUCGUGCGAAAUUACUUAAUAAUCAUAGCUCAAGUGAUGAUGAUAAUGAACGAAUUAAUUUUAUUUCGCCACCAUCUCACGAACAAACACUAGAAAGUACAUUACUAACACCACCAGAUAAUCAGCAUCAAUUAGAUAAUAAAAAUGACGAAGAACAAUCGCGAAAAAUUCUAUUAGAACAGAGUGAUGAUGACGAACAUGAAGAAACAUUAUCUGAUGAAGAUGAUGUAAAUGUGUAUCGACCAUCUAUUCGUUUAAAACGUACUUUACAAACUGAUACUGAACAACAUGACAAAACGUUAGUUGAUGAAGAUGUAAAUAAAUAUCGACCAUCUAUUCGUUUAAAACGUAUUUCACAAGCUGAAGCUGAACGUUUUAUACCAUCAUCAUGGAAAAAUAGUAAUUCGAAGAUAUCUUCUUCGGACGAUGAUUCUUCGAGUAGUCAAAAGAAUCGUCAAGAAAAACAAUCAAAUGUAUCUCAAAAUAAUGGUAAUAUUAUCAAUACAUCUCAAAUAGUACUUCAGUCAAACAGUAAGCCUUCAUCUAAUCAUGAUAUUGAUGAAAUCUUGUCCGAUGAUGAGAAGAUCAGCAAACUAAGAUUAAGAAAAUCUACUGAUGAUGAUCAAGCUAGUAUUUCAUCAAAAAAAUCUAAUAAUAAUGAAACAUCAACAAUAAGUUCAACAUCUGAUGAAGAUUUUACUAUUAAAUUACGUGAAAGAAAAUCUUCAACAAAUAAAAAAGAAAAAUCUUCUAGUAAAUUACGUAAAAAUCGAAAGAAUUCUCAUAAAAAGAACGAAAUUGUUAUAAAUUAUAAUCCAUCAACAAAAUCAAAUGAUGGAUUAUUAAAUGAUUCAUCGUCUAGUGCUGAAGAAAUACAUUCAAUACAUGAAGAUCAAGUGGAAAAAGUUGUUAAAGAAAAUAAAGUUACUACUUCCUCAUCAAUAACACUGAAUGUGCCUCAAGAGAAACCAAUGGAAACAAAUGAUAAUCAUGUUGUAGAAAAUGGAUCAAAUAAUGGAAAUAAUUCAUCACCAUCAUCACCCACAGCUGUAGAUAUUACUGAUGAUAAGCCACCAGUUACUGUUCUAUCAUAUGGACAUUUACUUGCUCACUCAAAUUCAUCAUCAUCAUCUUCAUUAGAUUCCGAUAAUGCUGAUGUUAAUAGUAAAUUAUCUUCAGAUAAAAAAAAACAGACAAACAAUUCCAAACGUUCAGUACCAUCAUCACCAAAUUCUGAUAUAGCACCAGUCAAGAAGAAAUCAAGAAGUGUGAUAAAACAACGAGCUUAUCUUUCCCUAACAUCAUCUGAUGAUGAUAGUGAAAAUAAAUCGGCUAAGAAUGGAUCUUCUGCUUCACAAAAACAAUCAACAAAACGACUUCGUAUUCAGCGAUCAUCAGCAUCAUCAUCCGAAGAAUCAAAGGAUAGUAAUAAAAAUUCUAGGCAACGACGUCGAAAAUCAACUACUACUAAUGAAAGUUCAAAGGAAGCAAAACGUAAAACAAACAAGAAAAAACCUUCGAUAUCAUCGACAGAUACGAGUGAUGGUAAUAGUAGUGAUAUUCAACCUAAAACAAAGAAAUCUAAAUCUAAUAAAGAUAAUAAUGAAGAAACAACAGAUGAUGAAGAUAUUUCUCCAUCAAAAGGAAAACAUGGUCGAAAAAAUAUUCGUAAAAUUAUCGAUGAUAAAGAAUUAGAUAUUCAAACAAAAGAUGCUAUUGAAGCCGAACAAGAACGUCGACAACGUAUUGCCGAUAAACAAAAAGCAUAUAAUGAUACUUUACUUGAACAAUCAUCUUUUGUAUUAAAUAAUAGUAAUGAUGAAUUAAAUCAAUCUCAACAACGUUUAAUUCUCGAAAAAGAUAAAAUAACAAAUGAACCAUUAAUUGAAGUCGUACCUGAAUUAGUUGUUCAACUUAAACCACAUCAAUGUGAGGGAGUAAGAUUUUUAUGGAAUAAUGUUUUUGAAUCAAUUGAAGCAAUUCAAAAGAAGAAACUUAAUGGAAAUGGUUGUAUUUUAGCACAUUGUAUGGGUUUGGGAAAAACAUUACAAAUUAUUAGUUUUCUUCAUACAGUUUUUAAUUAUGAUAAAAUAACUAAAGUUAAAACAUGUCUUGUUCUAUGUCCAAUAAAUGCAGCUCUUAAUUGGACAAAUGAAUUUGAAUAUUGGUUAAAAGAUAUUGAACCACCUAUUGAUCAUUAUCAAUUGACAACAAUUAAACGAAAUUUACGUGUUAGUCAUUUAAAUUAUUGGUAUGAAAAUGGUGGAGUUGCUGUUAUGGGUUAUGAAAUGUACAAAAGAUUAGCAACUGGUCUUGGAAUAAAAAAUAAAAAACAUAAAACCGAAGUGUAUAAAUGUCUUGUUGAUCCAGGCCCAGAUAUUGUUGUUGCUGAUGAAGGACAUAUUUUGAAGAAUGCUCAAACUGCACUAGCUAAAUGUUUGUCAAAAAUCAAAACACCUCGUCGUAUUGUUUUAACUGGCACACCAUUACAAAACAAUUUAAUUGAAUAUUAUUGUAUGGUUUCAUUUAUAAAACCAAGUUUACUUGGUACUCAACAAGAAUAUAUCAAUCGUUUCGUUAAUCCAAUUCAAAAUGGUCAACAUCGUGAUUCAAAUGAAGAUGAUGUUCGUUUAAUGAAACGUCGUGCAUGUGUUUUACAUGGACUUUUAACUGGUUUUGUUGAUCGAAAAGAUUAUUCAUUAUUGAAAGAAUAUUUACCACCAAAAUUUGAAUAUAUAAUUAAUAUUCGAUUAAGUGAUUUACAAUCACAAUUAUAUGAAACAUAUUUAAAAAAACAAGUUAAUCAAGAACAACGUUCAUCCACAUUAAAAAAAGAUUUUAAAUCAGCACAAUUAUUUGCUGAUUAUCAAUUUUUACAAAAGAUUUGGACACAUCCAUUUUUACUUUAUCCACAUUUUAUUGAUCGUUGGAAAAAACGAUUAAAUGAAGAAGAUGAUAGUCUAAUUGAUGAUAAUGAAAUCGAAGCUAUAUUUAGUGAUGUUGAUGAAGAAAAUAUCGAAGGAAAUAAAAAAAAAGAUCUUAAAUUGAAAGUGGAAAGUAGUUAUAGUGGUUUUUUAAUUGAUAAUAUUAACAAUGACGUGCCAAACAUGGAAUCAGAUAAACCAACUACUUCCAAUUCACCUACAACAAUACUUGAUUCUGAUUCAGUGGAUGAUAUGGAUGCUAUUCCGAAAGAAAAAGAAUCCGAUUCAAAAUCUAGCAAAAGCGAUGAUGAUGACGAUGUUGAAAUUAUAAAAACUUAUCCAACACGAAGCCGAACAACAGUCAGUGAACAAAAAAAAGUUUCAACAGCAAAUAUAUAUGAUACUGAAAAUGAUCAAGUUCCAGUCGAAGAUUUAAUGCAUACAAAUAAUUUAGAUAAUAUUCCCGAGGAAUCACCAUGGUUAGAUGAAAUGCGUGAACAAUUUUGGUUUCCAUUUUUAGAUAGUAUCUCCGAAGAACAUCGAUUUGAUCUUGAAUUAAGUGGAAAAUUUUUAAUUUUAAAAUUUAUUCUUGAUAAAUGUUUUGAAAUUGGUGACAAAGUUCUUCUAUUUUCACGUAGUUUAUAUACAUUAAAUUAUAUUGAAAAAUUUCUUAAACAUUUACAAAUUGAAAAUGAAAAAGAAUACCAAAAACAAUGUGAAUCACGACGACAAUUACGUGAACUUCUUUCAACAAAUGAAACCAAUGAUAAUGUUACUAAUGCACAUAUACCUGAACCAAUAGAAUGGAUACGUGAUCACGAUUAUUUUCGAAUGGAUGGUCAAACAGAUGUUACAGUAAGGAAACGUUAUGCGAAAUCGUUUAAUAAUUUAUCAAAUUCACGUGCUCGAUUAUUUCUUAUAUCAACAUUAGCGGGUGGAAUUGGAAUUAAUUUAACCGGUAGUAAUCGAGUUAUUGUUUUUGAUGCAAGUUGGAAUCCAAGUCAUGAUACACAAGCAAUAUUUCGUUCAUAUCGUUUUGGUCAAAAGAAACCAGUGUAUAUCUAUCGAUUUUUAGCACAUGGUACAAUGGAAGAAAAGAUUUAUCAACGACAAGUUGUUAAGCAAUCUAUAUCGCAACGUGUUAUUGAUGAUCAUCAAUUAGAUCGUCAUUUUACUCAGAACGAUAUAAAGGAAUUGUAUAAUUUUAAGCCCGAAAAAUUACCUGAACCUCGAUCCGCAUCAACACUUUUAACAGAAUUAGAAACUGAACUCAAUUAUCCAAUACCGAAAGAUCAUCUUUUAUUUGAUCUUUUAUGUGAACAUAAUCGUUGGAUACAAUCAUAUCAUUCACAUGAUUCUUUAUUAGAAAAUAAACUUGAUGAAGGUUUGACUGUGGAAGAACGACGUAAAGCUCUUGAAGAAUAUGAAAAUUUAAAACGUUUACCUGAUCCACGUGUAAUUGCUCAACAACGUUUUCAGCAACAACAACAAUUAAAUGCUUUUAUUGCACAACAACAACGAUUAGCUUCAGCUUCAGCACACGCAACAAACGUUGACCAACAAAAUUUUAAUCGACUACUUGAAGGCAUUCAUCAAUCAUUACAAGCUGCUAAUGGACAAAAUCUAAAUUAUAAUCAGUUAUUACAAUUUGUAAAUAAUGGAGUCAAUGGUUUAGGAACAGUAGCCAAUGGCAGAACCAAUAAUACAACACAAGCAACUAAUAUACGUCCACAAAAAUCUACAACUGGUACAGUUCCUAUUUUACCACGACCACCGGCUAUCAAUAUGAGAAAUAACGAUAUUAUUCUUGUUGAUAGUGAUGGAGAAACGGACAAUAACAAUACAAAUACAAUAUCGAAAUAA